CGCUAUUGGAUGACCCCCGUGAUUCGCAGCAUCCGGCGACACGCUUCCUGCAAGAGGGGUGAAAGGUCGGAGGUGUCACCGUGCCCUUCUGGUUACACACGUGGGUCUCUGCCGAAGCCGCACCAUGCUCUCCUCGUUGUCCCGCUCCCUGCUCUCCGUCGCCGCCAGGGCUGUGGUGUCGCGGCCUCUCCCAUUACUGAGCAGCCGGACUCAGGCCAGGCCUCUGUCACGCCUGCUGUGGGUGAACGGCAGGUCCAGUAUUGCGCUCCAGCCUGCUUUCCUGAGCCCGCACCGGGGCUUUCCGGCCGUGUCGUGUGGCUGCGGGGGAUUACACACGGAAGGUGACAAAGCAUUUGCAGAAUUUCUCGGUGAUGAAAUCAAAGAAGAGAAGAAAAUACAGAAACAUAAGAAUCUCCCAAAAUUGACGGGUGGGUGGGAAUUAGAAGUUCAUGGCACAGAAGCUAAACUGACCCGCAAACUUUCUGGGGAGAAGAUCACUGUAACAUUUAAUACAAACAACAGCAUUCCACCAGCCUAUGAGGAAGAGUCACAGGAGGGUGAGAAGCGGGAGGAUGAGCCUGAACUAGUUUCCACUCCAAACUUUGUUGUAGAGGUUACAAAACUGGAUAGCAAUGAGACUUUGGUGCUGGACUGCCACUACCCCGAAGAAGAGGUGGGACGUGGUGAAGAAGAGGAGGAGGAGAGUGACAUUUUCACUAUUCGGGAGGUUAGCUUCCAGCCCACUGGAGACACAGACUGGAAAGAGAACAACUACACUCUUGGCACAGAUUCUCUUGAUUGGGCCCUAUAUGACCACUUGAUGGAUUUCCUGGCUGACCGUGGAAUAGAUAAUACAUUUGCUGAUGAGCUUGUGGAACUCAGCACUGCUUUGGAACAUCAAGAAUACAUUCACUUCCUAGAAAAUCUUAAAAAAUUUGUUAAAUGCUGAUCUUAGAAUUACAGAUGAAUUAUUUGUUCCUUGUUAUACUGUACCAGAAAAUGUAACUUCCAUGCCAUGGUUCUGGAGGAUCAGUGGCCAGAUAAGACAGGCGCUACUUUCUUGCAACUAGACAAGCCCAGAAUGACUAAUUGUGGUCAGUGUACAAAAUAUGGCUAGUUACUACUCAUCAGAGCAAAUGUCCCAUAUAGUAUUUACCAUUAUCAGCACAGAAGUGUUUUUUAUUUAAUUUUGCUGUAUGUUUUCAUAUAAUCAUUCUUCCUGUCCAAUUUGUUUGCACCUUUUGUAUUGUACAAGCCCAUUAAAAAAAUAUCUGACCGUU